AUCUCCAAAUCUCGGCCAGUGCCGCAAUUUUGGCUAUAAAUACAAAUGUCGGCACGCAGCUUGGCUUAAACUUACAUUGUUAUCCUAGUUCACAACAUCGCUCGGGGUCUCUCCUUCACUCGCUACGUGACGUUGUUAAGACGGAGCCGCAUCCUCCCACUCAGCCCAGGACAACUCCGAAACUCCAUCGAAGUACGCAAACUACCGGUGCCACUCGAGUCCAGACGCCAAAGCGCCCCUUACCAGCACAACAAUGGGAGUCACAAGGAGACAGGGGAGGGGAUGUGGAAGUGGACACAGGUGGCUCUUGGUUUGGAUGACGGUGCUGCUCCUGGCCGUCCCGCCGCACUUAGUCGACGGCCGGUACCUGCCGACAAGGUCGCAUGGCGACGAUUUGGACAAGUUGCGUGAACUCAUGCUGCAGAUUUUGGAGUUGAGCAAUGAGGACCCACAACAGCCGCAGCAGCAGCAGCAGCAACACCCACAGCUGCGUCUGCACAAUGAGGCCACCAGCGGCAGCAGCAACAUUAACAAUCCACGCGUGUCCAACGGCAACUCCAAUGCCGCCUGGCUGCAGAAGUUAAGUGCCAUGGGUGCCCUGGACGAGUUGGGCGGAGACGGGCCCCGGUUCGGACCCAACUACGGACGGUACUAGGCCACCUGAUCCGAAAACACCUGACGACAACAGCCACUACGACAAGGAAAACGGAAACUGGGAGUUGGGAGUUGGGAGUUGGGGAAAAUCAUGUUGCGAAUGAAAACACUUUGGGACCGAAAAAAGGGACAGUAGUGUCGGAAAUGUUCACAGGAUUAAAAUCCAAUUUGAACGGACGCAAAGUGCGUGAAAAUGGAGAAAGAAAUGGCGCAAAGGAUUCUAGUGAAAAUCGCUUUGAAGUACUUUGAAUGAGCGUGUGCUAUUUCGGAAUGUUAUGAAGGACACUAAGCAAAAUCACUUUCAAAGGCCAGAGACCUUUUACAAAAUUGUAGUUAAAUGAGCUUGUUGAUUCUAAACAGAAUCACCAUUUUGGUUUUUUGCUUACCUCUCCAUUAUAAUUAAUUAAAUAUCUAAAUAACAGCAGAUUACUCUCAAACCAUUCAUUUCACAUGCAUUCCGGAUGCUAUCCUUAAAAUGUAUCAGUAUUAAGUUAACAUUUAAUUAUGACAUUUUAGUCAAGCUAUUGUCUAAACCAUAAUCCAAAUGUAAGCUUUCAUUUAUUUCUUAAGAAUUUAUAUACCAGCCAGUUUCAGAUGCACGCAUAAUUCCAAGUGCCACCAUGGUUUUCCUCCGACCCCAAAUCGAACUGCUCUUCAUGAUUUUCGAAGCCACCAUAAAAACUGAAAGCCAUUUCAGAAAAAAGAGGAAACUGGAAUACUUGAAAGGACAAACACAGUUCCUAUGCUAGAACAAUAAUUUUGUAACUGCUCUGGGUAAACCCGAAGCGAAAAUGUACCUAUAUGUAUGUACCUAUGUGUUGUAGAGCAACCCCGUCCCUCUGAAACAAAAACUCUGAAAAGUACCCCUUUAAUGGUCUAGACUAAGUGCGGAUUUUCAACUUCUUUUUGCGCGGCCAAACGAGAGAUAAUAAUUAAAAGUACCAUAAAAUUGUAAAUAUUUUACCCCUCAAAACCUUCCGCUCCCGCCCCACGAACACUAACAACUGAGUUUUAAUGGGCCCCAAGGCUGUCCGGGCAUAUGAAGAUAUAUAGUAAAUGUAUUGUGUAUUUAUGAAAUUUACUACUCCCUACUAACCUCCACAAGCUACGAUGGCCUCCGCUGGAAGAUGGGCCCAAGCUUAAUGCGUUUUCGGUUCGGACCUUACGGCCACUAACAUGUCGAGGGAGACAUAUACUUAUACAAACUACUAAAUUCGUACCUAUAUAUAAAUGUACAUUUAAUUGUUGUUAACUUACGUUAUCGUUAUUACUUAUGAUUCGCCGCAGAAGCAACAAUAAAAGAAAUCAUUUUCAGUGCAA